ACGUCAGAUCAGCUGAUCGUCGCUGCACCGAGGAGAAAAGAUGUCGCUGACAAACCGACGAAGGAUGGAGGCUGUGUUCUCCGCGGCGUUUCUCCUCUGUUCCCUUGUCCCAACCGGUGUCCAUGGAGACAGCCUCACGAUACUGCAGGCUCCAGAGUUUGUUUCCUUCCAGAAGGGAGACUGGCCCGUCUCUGGAGAGAAGAUCCCUGACCUGGUGGCUUUAACCAUGGGCUUCUCUGUUCAAGAGGAUCUGUCCUGGCCAGGCCUUAAGGCUGGUCCGCUGUUCCAGCGUCCCAGAGCCAAUGUUCUGGUGGUGGUUAGAGGAGUAGACAGUCUGGACCUGCCUCAGAGUGUGGCCUCCUACCCUCUGGAGAAUCCCGUUCCCUUCACAUUGGAUAGUGUUGCUGAGACUGUACACUCUCUGUUUGCCGAGGACACCCCUGUAGUGCUGCAGCUGGCUCCCAGUGAGGAGAGGCUGUAUAUGCUGGGAAAGGCUAAUGCUGUGUUUGAGGACCUUCCAGUCACACUACAGCAGAUCCGUGCUCGUCUGUCCCAGGAUGGCUCCGUGCUCGCUUCCCUUCCUCUUAACUCCCUCAGCAGGAAUGUAGAGGCUGAUCUUCUCUUCCUGUCUGAGGUCCAAGUUCUGCAUGAUAUCACAGCUCUGCUGCUGAGGCACAAGCAUUUGGCAAAGGACCACUCCCCUGACCUGUACUCUCUGGAACUGUCUGGACUGGAGGAGCUGAGCAGAGUCUACGGCCAAGACUCUCCCCAGUACCGUGAUGCCACAGCCAUUCUCGCCUCUGUUCUGCAGAAAUUUGCAGAAGAUGUGUACGGCCUCUAUGGCAAUAGCGCCGUGGUGGAGGUCGUUACAGUCAAGAGCUUUGAGGCUCCUUUGACCAGGAAGUCCCGUUCGAUCCUGGAAUCCAAACAGAUUAGUAACCCCGGCAGCCCGUACAACCUCGCCUAUAAAUACAACUUCCACUACGCUGUCAUCUUCAACAUUGUCCUCUGGCUGAUGAUUGCUCUGGCUCUCGCCGUCAUCGCCGUGUCCUACAACAUGUGGAACAUGGACCCAGGAUACGACAGCAUCAUCUACAGGAUGACCAAUCAGAAGAUCAGGAUGGACUGAGUCCUCCCGUCCAAUCGAAACACUCCUGCUGUCCUCUUAGAUCCUUCUCGUGAAUGUUUGUGGUUUGUUUUUGUGCGAGGUCGUGUUUAGUGCAAACAUACUGUGACAGUUUGACGGGAGGAAGGAAAUCAUUCUGAAUCAUUUCUUAGUUUAACGACGCUGGCAUGAUGAAGGACAAAUAAUUUAACAGUUCAGAAAUGGUUUUUCAAAUGAUGCUACAUGAAGCGGAUCAGUGUCGUCCUCCACUGGUGUGCACAGCGAACAAAUUCAGACUUCCUCCCUUCAACCUCACAUCAUUCCUUAUGACUUAACCUCCUCACUAACUAGGUUUCAUUUGUUUACCCCUGUUGACUGCAGUUGUAUUUUUUAUUGUAAAAAAAAAGAAAAGAAAAGAAAAGCUGUUGUAAUGUUUUGAAAGAAUGAUGUUUGUCUGGUGCCCGUGUGAAGUCGUAGUGCUCGUCUUGCUGUUUGAAAGUGUUUUAAGUUAAAUGAAUUCUAUGUGUAUAUAUUGAAUAUACAAAUGCAACUAUAUGAGAAUCUGCUGUACUUCGAUUGGGAGAAGAAAUGUGCUGCGUUUAUUCCAGGUAGUUCCCCCUGCUUCAGUGAAAUGCAUAUCGGAUGACAUGAUAACUUAAAGAUACAAUUGGUUGUUGUGAUUGGUCUUGGAUAAAUGAAGCUCUGUAAAUUGCAAGAAAAAGUCUGACAAUAAAUUAUUACUUGGAUCA